AUGAAAACAAUAACAAUAGAUCAACCGAUAAACCUGCAAGUAGUGAAAUUGGAACUAGAUUUUUCAUCGCUUUACGUUCCAAAACCGGAUCCAAAGAGAAAAUGUAAAAAAGUUGAAAUACCAAAAGUGAACUGCAGCAGAGAAAAACAAAUAAAUAUACCAUCACCGCCGCCACUCAAAAAAUAUCAACAGAAACAAGACGUGAAGCAUUUAAUAGAAGCGUUACUAAACGAUAUAUACGCGGAUCGGCAUGAUUGGGGCAGUAGCAGUACCAUCACAUCUAGUUUGGGAUCGACGGCAGCUUCGGUAACAUCGUCACAGUCAAACUGCGGGGAAAAAACUUGUGCUAUCGAACGAUCUUACUUGGAAUCCCUAGCAAUACCAGAACUAAGAGAACAAGCUGCGGAGUGGAAAAGCUCUUUGCAAAUAGCAGGCGAAAACCUAGCACGAUGUUUACGUGCAAGAGAUCGUCUGUACCGACAACAAAAGAAGCUUUGCGCGGCGUUUACUAUUCUCCUGCGUCAUAUUACCGGCGAUACGAACGCUCGCUUCGGCGUGCCUUCGGGUGCGGAAGGGCCCGGCGAAGGUGGUUUUGCGGAGUGGCUCCACGCUAUGCGUCUUGUAGCUCGCCUACCUGCCGGAGUACCACAACAUUUUCGCAGGAAGCUAUGGCUGACGUUGGCAGAGCGACACUUGACCGCCCGGGGCAUCGACUGGCCGGCUGCCGAGCGAGGCUGUUUCCGAGGCACCACCCAACCCGAUGAUACUGAACUUAGCGCUCAGAUUCUUAAGGAUCUUCAUAGAACGGGUUGUUCUCUCUUUUGUGGAGCAGAAGGUCGGGAGAAUCAGGCAAUGCUGCGUAGAGUAUUGUUAGCGUAUGCGAGAUGGAAUAAGGAUGUCGGUUAUUGCCAAGGUUUUAAUAUGUUAGCAGCUAUAAUUUUAGAAGUUAUGGAAAAAUCUGAAUCUGAUUCUUUAAAGGUUAUGGUAUAUUUAGUAGAAGCUGUGUUGCCUGAGGGUUAUUUUGCUGAUGAUUUACGCGGUCUAUCGGCCGAUAUGGCUGCUUUUAGAGACCUAUUAAGAUUAAGACUACCCCGCCUAGCUCAACACAUGGAUCAUUUGCAAAGGAUAUCAGAUGGUGGUGGAGUGGAGCCUCCUUUGCCAGAUGUAUUUACAAUGCAAUGGUUUCUUACAUUAUACGCCACAUGGUUACCUCGAGAGUCUUUGCUGAGGAUUUGGGACCUUAUCCUGCUGGAUGGCAAUGAGAUCUUGUUACUCACCGCCCUUGCUAUUUGGGAUAUGCUACAGGAUCGUAUUCUAUCAGCGCGAUCAGCAGAUGAGUUCUACAGUUGUAUGGGCGGUGGUGUUGGGGCAGUUUGGGAAGCAGGCGAAUCGCUCGUAGCAAGGGUGGUCGCUUUCAACUCCGCUCCUGAACUGCCACGGUUGAGGAGCCUGCAUAGAUACAGAGUCACCCCACCAGCACCGCCAAUCGCCCCACCUGUAUACCAUCCACCUUUACAAUCGGCAAUGCAAUCGGUGACAAAGCGUGGUUUGCGUCUGUUUUAUUCUGAAGAUGAAGGUGACUCGAGUGAUGAUGGAAACAAAAUGGCCUUGGCUACGGUCCUGCCUAGGCGCGAAGACCGUUCUGGUGCUGGUGAUAGGCUAUCGUUGGAUAUUGGUGCACUUAAGAGGCAAUAUGCUCGUCUUCGAGAACGGCAACGUCAAGCUCAUGUCAUUUUAGCGGCUGCAUGCGCUCGUCAUGCUGCAGUUGGUGUUCCUACAUCUCCCACCUCACUCACAGUCAACAAUUUACUCUUAGGAAAGAGCGCUAUAGUUAGUUCAAGAGGUCGAAGGCUGGGUCCACCGCCAGGUGCGAUACCACCAUCCAGGCAAACAACACCUAUAAAAGAUAAACCGGAAGAACAGAAGCAAAUAAUUACAGACGACACGAUUAGUUGGGAAGAAGAGAAAACUCGCAAGUCUUUAAAUAGAAGAAACUCUGUAAAGUGGAAAGACAUUAAAAAAGAAAAAACAUUAGAACUAACCAGAAAAGCUUCAAUAGAUUUAGAUGAAAUUGGAGACGGAGUAAUUGUGUCCGAAUUAGAAGCUAAUGAACUAAUAGCUUCAAUUAGAUCUCGUAGCUCUAGUGAAAGCUCGACAUAUUCUUCUCGUUCGGAGUCCAGUACAGAUACGAGCCUUUGUGAUGAAAAUGAGAAAGUGAGUGAUUCUGAGUCAGAGUUACCCAAAGAAGAAAAAGAAAAUAAAAGUCAUAGCUUAAAAAAUAAGAAACAUUCGGCAACAUCAAACAAUGCAAUACGUAAAGAAGAGAAAUGUAGUCCUCCAAAUCUAGUUAAAGAAUCCAUAGAUGCGGGUUCAUCUGAAACUGAGAAAAAUAUUGAUCUUGAAGAUAAAAAUGUAAAAGAUAUUACUGAAUAUCUUGAUUCUGCUGCUGGUGAACCAUUGCGUAUUUAUAUAGAUGGUUUUGAUUCAAAAUUAAAUGAUACCAACAUUAUAAGUUCUGAAGAAAAAUCAAGUGCUCCAUUAAGUCCAUUCAAAUGUGUUCGGCAUCAUCGAAUAGAAUAUGAAAGAAAUGAUCCUUUUCAUCGACCAGAAUAUGAAGAAAGGAGAUACCAAAAAAAUGCUAACCUCACAAAGAGUAAUAAGAUAAUGGAAUUAGGUGCUAUCGAUUUAUCUCCUUGUCACUGUGUUGUUGAACAUGGAGCAACAUAUUAUACAAACGACAGACGACCAUCGACAUCAAAGUCAACUGUUUUAACUUCAAGACCACCUGACAUAAUUGACAGUUUUGCCAUGUAUCCUAAUUUUGUUCCUGAUAUUGAUUUAUCUGACAAAAAUAUUUCUGAUCCUGAAAGUCUACCCGAUAGCCCAGGUUCUGAAAGUCUCAUUGUAAGUGAAGAUGAACCUCCUAUUCAGUUAAAAAUUGAUAAAUAUUUUGAACACAGUCCAGAGUUUUUUGGGGCAAGGUUAACCGAUCCUUAUAAUUUUGAUAUUCCAAGUAGACGUGCUAUCAAGAGAAAUUCACGAUUACCCAAAAAACCAGACUCUCUAACAUUGCAAAACAGUCAUAAUGAAAGAGCCUUAAAAAACGAUUCUGAACGAGCUUCUUCCUUACCACAAACUCAUACAUUUGUGUGCAAAAAAUCUGUAAGUCCUGACCCAAGAGAGGAAAAGACAAUUGGGGUACCAAUGACAGAUGUUGGACAAUUAAGUUUAAACAAAAACCUAUCUAACGAUCCUAAGCAAGCAAUAUUAAAACAAUCAUCUCCAGAUAAUAAUACACAUUUUUCGAAGGAACACGUUUUACGUUCUGGACGAAAAAACAGUGAAAGGGCUCUUCAAAUAAUUCAAGAAAACUCACAAAUACUCAGCAGAAUAUUAACAAAACAAAACAUUUCAGCUGCACUAAACAGUCAGUUACAAGAUAGAAAAAGUAUAGAAGACACAAUUAACAGAAAAAUCAAAGAUAAUAUCACUCCCACGAAACCAUCUGAAACAAAAAUACUUGAUUCACCCUUACUGAAAGAAUCUACGUCCGAUUCUUUGAUUGGUGGCAUCAAAAGGACUUCUAAUAACGAAAUAUCCGAUAAAACUGAUUUUCUAAGAGUAAGACCAAUUUCGAUCGAUGAUCCAUUUUCAUUUGAAGUGAGAAAUUCUCUUAAAGAAUCUGAUGAAUUUGGAUUAAAAAAUAUUAAGACUCCUAGCAUUGAAAGUCUCGGCAACAAAACAGAUUUGUAUGGUUGGGAAAAUAAGGGUUUUUUAGCAAAAUGUGACUAUAAAAGCAAUUUAGGUCAAAAAGAUACCCUUGAUGAUGAAUACAAACGAAAAGGUAGUAAUGUUUCGAUGCAAAGUGACACGCAAAACAAGACCCAGCGAGCGACUGAUGAGUGGGCGCGAUAUUCUUUUUCUAGUGACUCAUCAAAGAUAUCUGUUACACAACCAUCCUUAGAAAUUAAAGAUACGUCAACUUAUGAAAAAAUAUUUACUUCAGAUGAUUACAACUAUCCUCUUUCGACAUCAACAAAAUACAAUGAUUUUCGUUCAUCGAAAUACGAUGACGUUGUUUGCAAAAUUGAAGACCAGAGUCCAAAAAAUUUUGAAAGUGUAUUAAAAACAGAAUAUAGUGUUAACACAUUUAGUGAUUUUUCAAAUAGAGUCACUUCUUCUAUUAGUUUCACAUGCGAACCCUCUGUAGAUGAUGAUUCUCCUAUGGGUGCAAAAAGUAACUCUAGCGAUACAUUAUGCCAAAUUACAUCGUUAGAUCAGGUAUCUACACCGAUAUCACCGAAAAUUUUUCCGAAUAGAGAAACACCAACACUACCUAAAGAUCCUACAGAGAAAGGUGACAAAACGAAAUUCGACUCCGACGACACAUCUAGUGCUAUAACCUCGCUCCUGGAGACAGACACACUGUCUUCGCUUUCUUAUCCACGUAGCCCAUCAACCGGGUCUUACCAUCCGUUUCCAACUCGACCAGCGAUGCGUUUGCCAAAGGAUCUAGGAAUAAGAUUGGGUAUGUAUCCGAAAGAAACGAUUAGUUCCCCACAAAAAUAAGACCCGUAUCGAUGAAGACAAAUUUCUUUUAUACUUUCAUGUAAAAGAAUAUAAUUUUAUUGAGUAUUUUGUACGCAUUUUUGUUGGAGUGCGGCUUAGUUAAAAUGUUUAGAUAAGAUUUUUGACUGAUUUAUUUUAUUGAUUGUUAUAAUAAUGCCCAGCCAGUGUUUUGGUGAAAAACAAUUAGCGCUUUAAAUUGUAUUAUAAGAUUUAAAAACAUGUUGUUUAUAUUAUAAAGAAAAUCGCUUUAUGGCUUAUUUGGAAUACGAACAGCUUCAUAGUCAUUUGUAAAACCGGAAAAAAACUGAAGCAAUUUGUAUUCUACUUGAGCUUUAAAAUAAUGUAGGAAAAAAACUAAACAAACACGUUGCCUUGACACCCCUGUAAUGUUAUAAAAAUUCUGCGCAAUAUUUGUACUGUAAGAUAAUAAAAUAGUUAACUUGUUUCAAGUCAAUAUAAUUCGUGGCAAUUAACUAUUUGUAUAUGGCCCUAGAGUAAUAAAUUCUAUCUUCGCAAAAUUAUAAGCAGAAUAUUAAAAGAUAAUAAUU